AUGAAGAUUUAUGAGUGCUUAAAGCAGACACAUCCAUUUGACAUCCACCUGAGAAGAAAAGAAAUCGAGGAAAAGCUGAAGGAACGGAUAAUUCACUACAGAAAUUCCAAAUGCUUUGAGUACCAAAUCAUGGAAUAUGUAAUGGAGACAUUGAGUAAUUGUAAAAUGGACCUCAUAACCGGAGACUGCCUGUACCUUUACUCGGAUACAAGUCUCUCAGAGAAAAAGUUGCGUGCUCUUGAGCAACAAUACCUGAGAAUGGUAGAGUCUUGUAAAGAUUGGAUUGGCAAUAGCGAACGAGAAUGUGUCCUGACCAUGGAAGAAUUAAAGAUGAACCCCGUGAAACUUUGUGAUGAAAGUUGGUACGAUCAUUUCGUGACGUACAUGAACCGUCAGGCACUACUACGAAAUAAUGACCGCCCGUCUAAUAUCCCGGAAAUAAAGAUAGAAGAACUCAUUUCUCAAAUGUACGAUGAAGAGUGUUUCGUCUACAAGCUAUUUUCCGAUUUUCAAGGACCUGUUGAAUGGGAUCCACUGACCACUAAGAUUUUCAUCAAGAUGCGCCUCAAUAAUUUGGAUAAUUUAUCAACUAUUUCUGUAGAGGAGCGAGAACAGUUCAAGGAGUUUUACACUUUUCUAUUAGCCACAAAAUCCUCAAUUGUAGAUUUUGAUAUUUUCCAAAUGUUUGGUAGAGUGUCGACGCAAGAUUUGAGCAAAUUUAAAACUGAGCCUUAUGUAGAGAAUUCGCUUUUUAUUUUGUUUUUCAAUUAUCCUCACCCUCAGGUGUAA